UUGCCGCUGUCUGUACUUUGACACUGAUAGAAGUGGAAGAUUUUUUGUCUGUGGACGCUGACUACGGUUUAUCUUCAGCCCGUUGUAUUCACUGUCAUAUAUGUCAUGGCGCAAGAAAAUCUUUCCGUGGUGCUGCACAGCCAGGGGGACCUCAGGCUGGAGAAGCGUCCCGUCCCGGAGCCAGGACCUAAUGAGGUUUUGCUCCAGAUGCACUCUGUUGGAAUCUGUGGAUCAGAUGUUCACUACUGGCAGCACGGCAGAAUUGGGGACUUUGUGGUCACAAAACCAAUGGUGCUGGGGCACGAGGCGUCAGGGCGGGUGGUGAAGGUCGGAUCAGCAGUAAAACACCUUAAAGUAGGUGACAGAGUGGCCAUCGAGCCUGGUGUGCCCCGCGAGAUGGACGAGUUCUUCAAAAACGGACGAUAUAACUUGUCUCCUACCAUCUUCUUCUGUGCCACACCCCCCGACGAUGGAAAUCUGUGCCGAUACUACAAGCACAGUGCCAACUUCUGCUACAAACUGCCCGAUAAUGUGACAUUUGAGGAGGGAGCUUUAAUUGAACCUUUGUCUGUGGGGAUACACGCCUGUCGCAGAGCCGGCCUAACCCUCGGCAGCACUGUGCUCAUCUGUGGUGCAGGACCUAUUGGGUUGGUCUGUUUGCUUGUGGCUAAGGCAAUGGGGGCCUCGCAGGUCGUCAUCACCGAUCUGUCCCCAGAGCGUCUGACAAUGGCCAAAGAGCUGGGGGCAGACUUCCAGCUGACAGUGAAGAGAGGCGAUGGACCCCAGCAGCUGGCCAAGAGUGUGGAGGACAUGCUGGGCGCUCAGCCGAACAUCACUAUUGAAUGCACUGGUGUUGAGAGCAGCAUUCAAACUGCCAUCUAUGCCACACGCUCAGGAGGCGUGGUGGUGCUGGUGGGCCUCAGCUCUGGGAUGGCCACUGUUCCUCUGAUCAAUGCCGCCGUAAGAGAAGUGGACAUCAGAGGGGUUUUCCGCUACUGCAAUACCUGGCCGAUGGCUAUAGCCAUGUUGGCGUCGGGUAAAGUGAAUGUGAAGCCCCUCGUGACCCACCGUUUCCCUCUGGAGCAGGCAGUCCAGGCCUUUGAGACCACGCGUCAGGGUCUCGGGAUAAAGGUCAUGUUAAAGUGUGACCAGAACGACCAGAAGCCCUGAUCUGACCCGCUGCAGUGAGACAAACCUGACAGACACAAGCUGGACAUUGACCCUGAGAAAGAUAACAGAGCUAGUUCAAAGAGACACACUAAUAACAGGCAGCACCGUGACAGACAGCGGACUGCAGGUCAGAGAUGAAAUUAGCUUCAAAUGGUGCGAAUAAUUAUUUUAGGAUGCUCUAUAUUGUUUUAUAACCAACAUUUUGUUUUAUGAUUGUAUAUGAUUUACCACUGUGCUCCGUUUUAAAUUUCUUAUAAUUUUACAUGUGGCUACUGUGCUAAAAAGGAAAUCCUUAAAUAA